CGAUUCAUGGGACGGCACCAAUUAACAGCGGUUUUUGGCGCCACGAAAGUGUAACGACAGCUGUAUGUGACCAUUGACGAGGCAGUGCUCAUCACCUUCAUAUUCGGUGCCAUCGCUUGCUCCCGCUGCUGGAUGUGCACGCACCGAGAUUUCUGACCUCAACUAAACUGAUGCAGCGCCUUGGAUAGGCGGCGAGCAUUCUGCACGUAGGAUCUCGCAACGGACACGUAGGAUCUCCGAACGGACACUAGAAUCUCGCAACGAACGAAACUUUGUUUACAUCGAGGCCGAACAUGUCGCACGAUGGGUGCCAGCCGAUGUCGACGUCAGACAUUUGGUGUGACUACAUCAUUGCGGUGGCUUAUUUUGCUCUGCCCUUGCAGCUCUUUCACCUCUGUCAGGCGUUGCGGAAUGUCACCAAUACUAGCCACAAGCUGCUCCUCGCGCUCUUCGUGCUGUUCAUCCUCCUUUGCGGGGUGUCACAUGCGCUGUCGGCGCUCCGGCUUUCGAAGUCGCUGAUUCUACUCCUUACGUCUGUCGUGUCCGUCGCGGCCGCCAUCGCGACACACGCCCUCGGGCCACACCUAAUCAAGCUCGUCUCGACGGCUCAUUUCGAGUUAUCGAUGUUGAAAGGCCUCAGAGAAAUCUCUCUGAAGUGUUGCGAAUUGGCGACCCCGGAAGAGCUGCUCGCGAACUUGCGUCACACUAUGAAUGUUACCUAUCCGAUGUACGAUUUUCGAUUCGUCUGUGCCGAUGCGUGUCCCGAUGCGCACCAUAUAUUGGAUGAUCUGUAUCUUGAAAUCGCGCCCCUCAUCGGCUCUGAUCCUAUCUACAACACGGUGUCAUCAUUAUGGGUCGAGUGCCUGGUCAACCAGAUUCGGGUUGCCUAUCAUUUUGCCUUCGUGUUGGACUUCUCGCCCGAUAUCAUAUUGAAAGUCGAUACGUGGGGAAAGGUCUGUUAUCGAAAUAAGCGAUGGCGAGAGUUCAACAGCAGCGGUGUAGAGCUGAGAGACUCAUUGCCACUCGUACAUCCCGACGAUCGGGACGCAGUCAUGGAAACAUGGGGCGAAUGUAUAAAGAAACGGACGAAUUACUUCUAUGAGUACAGAAUGCUGCACGACGAUGGGACGUAUCAUUGGAUACAAUCCAAUUGCCAAAUCUGCCGAAGUCCGGUGACGCACCUGACCCACUGGUACGGUGUUAUAAGGGACAUCAACCAAAGCAAGAUCCUGACGGAAGAAGUGAUGAAACAAAAGGCGUUUCUGCAAACCGUCCUAAAUGCUGUACCGAUCGCACUAGUUGUGGCGAAAUAUCCUGAAGGUCGAAAAGUAAUCACAAAUCCGACUGCCGUCGAGUUUGCCAACGAGAAGGACGCAUCCGACAACAACGAGAACUGCAAAGGGUUCCGAGCGGGCAUCCCAAUUGCCCCUGGAGAUUGGCCUCUUGACCAAACUGUGCGGACGGGAAUACCAGUUGAGCCGGAGCGCAUCGAUAUGCGCCAUGGAGACGGGACAGUGAGACACUGGAACGUUUCGACCCUGAUGAUAUACGAGAAAGGCCAUCCCACCCACGUUGUCGGUCUUGCUCAUGACCAGACACUUCUAUACGAGAUGCAGGAAAAGUUGGACCGAUUCGCCCAGGCAUCAAUGGCCGCCGUGGAAUUCAAGAGUCGAAUGAUGGCAAACAUCUCACAUGAACUGCGAACCCCGAUGAAUGCAAUUAUGGGGCUAAUCACGAUGGUGCAGGAUGAUACGACUUUACCCUCAUCGACGUCCGUGACAAUCAAAGAGACGCUGAAAUCCUGCAAAUCGCUUUCGAACCUGAUUGAGAACCUUCUAGGUGUCUCUGCUGGCCCCGAACCCAUGGUUCAAACCGGUGAAGAAUUCAAAAUCUUGCCCGUCAUACACGACGUGCUCCGGGUUUACGCAAAUCAAAUCAAAGAACGUUCCAUCCAAGUGGUCGUGCCUCUGACGGACGAAGUGCAGGAGUCAGUGUACCAUGGCCGCCGAGAUGGAAUUGAGAAGGCGCUCUCUCUCCUCGUCGAUAAUGCGGUGAAAUUCAACUCGGAAGGCGGAACAGUCAUCAUAAACGCAGAGCACGAUGGAAAAAGACUUCGGUUGACCGUUUCUGAUACGGGAAUCGGCAUCAGCCCCGAGAAUCAACAAAAAAUGUACGAAAUAUUCUGGCAGGCGGACAAUGCCUGGAACAGACAGUAUACGGGCGCCGGCAUAGGGUUGUCCAUUUGCAAGCAGCUUGUUGAGAGCAUGCGAGGCACGCUAUCUUGCGAAAGCGUAAUAGGGCAGGGGACGCUUUUCCGCCUUCUAAUACCGCUGCAUCGUAUGCCACCCGCCGCAAGCGAACCCGAAAGCUUGCACAUUCUCGUCGCGGAGGAUAACAAGAUCAAUCAGAUUAUUACGAAGAAGCUUCUCAUCAAGCUCGGGCAUACGGUUGAUGUUGUGGAAAACGGAAAACUUGCGGUUGAGGCCUACAACCCGGACACUUAUGACUUGGUUCUGAUGGAUUUGCAUAUGCCCGUCUGUGACGGUUUUUGUGCUACAAAGCGAAUACGACAAAAUGAGAAGCGCAAUGAUUGGCGGCACGUUCCAAUCAUUGCAUUCACAGCGGGAGCGAAUUUCACUCAGGCCGAGUUCAUGGCCUCAGGACUGGACGAUAUCAUCACGAAACCCAACACGAAUCAGGACAUGGGAAAGAUUAUUCUGAAAUGGUGGACAAAAUGCAAGAAUGGGUUGUCAACUUCUAAUACAGACUUGAGCUCAAUAGGGUUGCUCCCAUAGUUAGAGUCCAGACCUUCCUUCGUUCCUUCAAGUAUAUACUACGGAAAUUUGCCAUAAAGGCGUACACAUAGCAUGUUUUUUCCAUGCUAUUUCUCAUCGUGUUUCCUUGAAGCAUGUCUGAGGCACAUUUUCAGUCAGAAAUGAAUCUGAGAACUUUCAUGGGGUGAGUGGUGCCCGCGGAACAUCUAGCAUGGUAAGUGAGCA